AUGAAGCACCUCGCAGCUUACCUCCUUCUCAACCUCGGCGGCAACGCCUCUCCCUCUGCUGAGGACAUCAAGGCCGUCCUCAGCUCCGUCGGCAUUGAGGCCGAGGAUGAGCGUCUCGAGAAGCUCAUCUCUGAGCUCUCUGGCAAGGACGUCAACGAGCUGAUCGCCGCUGGCUCUGAGAAGCUCGCUUCCGUUCCCUCUGGCGGUGCCGGCGCUGCUGCUGCCGCUGGUGGCGCUGCUGCUGGUGGCGCUGCCGCCGCUGAGGCCAAGGAGGAGGAGAAGGUCGAGGAGAAGGAGGAGUCCGACGAGGAUAUGGGUUUCGGCCUUUUCGACUAA